AUGUUCCAGCAAGAAGCCGAACAGUAUGGAAAUGUUGAGGAAGUACAAUUAUUACAGCAACAAAUUGAUGAUUUGGAAACAAGGGCCGCUGAAUUGGAACGACGUCGUUCACAAAGCAUUCGUGGUAUUAGUUGGAUCAAUCAACGUAACAGACAGGCCAUCAAAGAUGCUAUUCUCAGUGGUCAAGUGCAUAUUGAAACUUCUGGUCAAGAUGAUCCGUUCACUCGGAAGAAUGCCCGAAUGAAGCCUGUCCCUGGAAGAGAUAAAAUGACUCAACAGUUGAAUGAGAGGAGAGAUGUAGACGUUAGCAAUAAUGAUGAAUCAAUAUUUCAUGUUUUAUGUAAAGAUUCUGCAUCAAGCUCGCAUUCGACAGUUAUUGAGCUAAAUGAUCAAAAGCCAUCCUCUCAUAAAGGAGCAAUCAGUAUUGGUGGAGCGCGAGGCCCGAGUGGACCUGUCUCUGAUCUUUUCAAUGCUCAUAAUUUCGAUGUUGAUAUUGACAUUGCCAUACCGGUACCGAUGACACAAUCUUCCAGUGCUCCGUCACUCACUUCAAUGGAUGUCAAUUCAAGGUACCCUGGUUUUGGUAGUAAUCGAUCAGCAAUAAAUAGAGGAUCAUCUAGACCACUAAGUCUCGAAGAUUAUAAACGUCGUAAGAAUCUUUUGUGA